GUGUUUUCUUAGUAUCGUCACGCUCAGACAAUGCUAUAGUAGCACUGGCAAUGCUUUUGCGAGUCUAAGUUCUAAGAGAGGAAGACGAAACGCGUUCAAGAUUUGCACAGCUGCUUUAGGCUCCUGAGAAAUGUGAAAUGGAAAAGGGGUACUAUAUCAGGUCAGAAAAGAACAAAGGGGGGCUUCUCUGGAACUCGGCUUCCAUGAAGGAAGUCAUGUUCGGGCUACCGUUCCAUGUAGCGCCAGCCUUUCUUCUUCCGUACCAUAUCCAUCGGCAUAGCUAUCAUGUCCAUCGCACUUAAAUCAGAAGAUGGCCCGACAAAAGUUCCAUUCGUACCCCAACAUCCCUUCGACAACCCAAAAGCUGAUCUGAUAAUACGGUCAUCGGACAAUGUAGAUUUCCCUGUAUUCAAGUUCCUCCUCUCUCUCUCCUCUUCGUUCUUCGAGACAAUGUUCGAGUUACCGCAACCUUCGAACGAUACCAUCGAGUCGAAAGAUGGACUCGCCAUCAUUCCGAUAAGCGAGAGUAGUCGGAUUGUGGAUAAGAUCCUCAGGUUUUGCUAUCCUGUGGGGGUUGUGGGUAAACCACAGAUCGAUAACAUCCAAGAAGCGAUAGGGCUUUACGAAGCAGGGGUCAAGUACGGGAUGGAAGGUCUCGAAAAAGCUGGAAGAGAGGCGUUAGUGGCACGUGAGUUCCUGGAAAAAUCACCAUUUGCUGUGUACGCCGUCGCUAGUCGAUAUAAACUGGAGGACGAGGCCAAGAUAGCAGCAGAAGCCACUUUAUGCAAAGCAGUGGUGCCAAUAGACGCACCAGAGUUGGAAUAUAUCUCCGGAAGGGACUUGGCAAGGCUUCAAAGAUACCAUGCAAAAUGCGGCGAGGUUGCCAGAGCACUUCGGGAUGAUCUCAGUUGGAUCGACGGAGAUUCGACUAAUAUGUCAUUUGAUCGAUAUGUGACGCAGAGGAGAACGUUGGGAUGCAACUGCGCGUAUUCGAUGACAAGGAAUACAAUUGCACAAUCGUGGUGGUGGGACUGGCUUAAUGGGACCGCGGAAGCUUUGCGACACAAACCUUGUGGGGAUACAGUGCAAGAGACGUAUUGGAAGGCACUUGAAGAGGCCAGUGUAUGUGUGUACUGCCGGAAAGGAGUCUGGGAAUCCCUGCCAAAGACAGUGAAUCGCUUUGCUGCGGAAGUGAGCAAAGCCGUAUCUAAAGUAUACUCCGCCUUCUGCUACGAUUCAAUCUGGAACUCAUGCAAACAACUGGAUUUGAUUAUAACAGGUGAAGGUGGAAGACGUGGUUGUGGAUAGUGGACGUAAAAUG